AAGAAAACCUGCUACCACUUCAGGAUCAUCCAUCAGCUGGGACUGAUUCAUCGUGUGUUCUUCACCACCUGGACCUGGACAGCAUGGACACAGGUGUGAAACAUCUGUAAACGCCAGAUCUGGUGCAGGAAAAUGGCUGAACAGGGAGUGGGGACACACUUUGCCUUCUGCGGUUAUUUUCAACAGAUGGUUCUGGUUAAAUAAGAAGCUUCAGAAGAACAGAGUGCUCGUGUCAACCACCAGCACCUAGAUUUUCUCCACAAAAAGGAGGAACAGGAGAGACUCUUGUCUAGUAUGGAGGGAGAGCAUCUCCAUUUGAAUAUGGAGACUGAUGCUGCCAGGUUUAAAUCCUUUAGCCAAAAAACACAUUUAAACAAACACACGAGAGUCCAGACAAAGCAGAAACAUUUUGCCUGUGAGCACUGUGGACAAAGGUUUCACCAAAAGACUAAUUUAACCAGACACAUGAGCGUCAACACAGGAGAUAAGCCCUUUCCUUGUGAGCUCUGUGGAAAGAAAUUUAGCUUAAAGUCAAAUUUAAACCGACACAUGAGCGUCCACACUGGAGAGAAGCCUUUCGCCUGUGAGCUCUGUGGUAAUAGAUUUAGUGAAAAGGGAAAUUUAAACAAACACAUGAGAGUCCACACUGGAGAGAAGCCUUUCGCCUGUGAGCUCUGUGGUAAUAUAUUUAGUGAAAAGGGAAGUUUAAACACACACAUGAGAGUCCACACUGGAGAUAAGCCCUUUCCUUGUGAGCUCUGUGUAAAAAGAUUUAGCCAAAAGACAACUUUAAACAAACACAUGAGAGUCCACACAGGAGAUAAGCCCUUUCCUUGUGAGCUCUGUGGAACGAGAUUUAGCCAAAAGACGCAUUUAAACAAACAUAUGAGAGUCCACACUGGACAGAAGCCUUUUGCUUGUGAGCUCUGUGUAAAAAGAUUUAGCCAAAAGACAACUUUAAACAGUCACAUGAGAGUCCACACUAGAGAGAAGCCCUUUUCUUGUGAGCUCUGUGGAACGAGAUUUAGCCAAAAGACAACUUUAAACAGUCACAUGAAAGUCCACACAGGAGAGAAGCCCUUUCCUUGUGAGCUUUGUGGAAAGAAAUUUAGCUUAAAGACAACUUUAAACAGUCACAUGAGAGUCCACACUGGACAGAAGCCUUUUGCUUGUGAGCUCUGUGUAAAAAGAUUUAGCCGAAAGUCCUAUUUAAACACACACAUGAGAGUCCACACUGGAGAGAAGCCUUACCCCUGUGAGCUCUGUGGUAAUAGAUUUAGUGAAAAGGGAAAUUUAAACAGACACAUGAGAGUUCACACUGGCUUUUUGCCUGUGAGUUCGGUGGAAAAGAUUCACCCAAAAGAUCAGUUUAAACGGUCACAGAAGAGUCCAUAAAGGACAGAAGCCUUUUGCUUGUGAGCUCUGUGGACGAAGAUUUCGCUGAAAGAAAACUUUAAACAAUCAUCUAAGCAUCCACUAUGGCUGAAUGAUCUAUUGCAGGGGUCUCCAACCUUUUUUGGCCCGUGAGCUACUUUUACACAAUGAAAGUACAGCAGAGUUACUGUCAUAUGAUUUAUUUACAUUGAUACUUUCCAUGUGUGAAUGUGCUUAUGUUAAACAUGCUAUGCUUACUAUAUUAGCAUGCAUUGUACUCGCAAGUUGAUUUCUCUGUAUUUCAGUACAUCAGUAUAUAUAUUUUAAAAAUAUAAGUAAACUAGUGACAUUCUGAAAACCAAAUUAAACAAAACAUAUUUAGUUUUUUAAACUAAUCGGAUACUUUCAGAUAAUGAAUAACAAAUCUACUUCAUGUGAAUGAUUUGAUCAUUUUUUUAGAAGGUUGGUAACAUAACUUUUUAAGCGCACAGGAACAGCUAACCUGUAAAGCUGAUGAUAUGUGAUAGGUAAUUUUAGAUUUAUCCCAUAUUACCUUAAAUGACGACACACACAGAGAGAGAGAGAUUAUUUGUAAUGUCCAUGAAUCGUCAUGCGAGAGCUGGGCGCAGAAACCCCUCCAUGGUGCUAACCAGCCCCCCUCUGUUCCUGGGGAAAGCCUUCAGGUCACCAGCUCUGCAUGCCCUGGCAUCUCCACCAAAUGUUAGGUAAUUAAAUGUUAAGUGAUAUUUAAUCUCCAUAACCCUGAAACCUAAAAUCAACACACAUGACAACAAGGAAGACAUUUUACCCUGAGUCCCCAAAAUAAUGGAGAGGUAACGCGGGGAAAAACCUCCUCCGAGGCUUUUCCCCCGUCACUCCCAAAUCUCCUCAGUUUCCCAGGGGCUUUAUUCACAAAGGAUGGAGGAGAAGGCGGGCCUUCUCAGGUUACAGAGGUACAGAGGUUUCCUUGGAACUCUACAAUCAACAUCCUGGAAAUCAACAUCCUUGACUGCAAACAAGCUUCUCUGCUCAACCUUUCAUAAACAGCCACAGUUGGCAAACACAAGAGAUUCAUGAAGUGUUAAUAACACAAAAUGGGCAUCUUUUAGGCAGGGGUGGACAUUAACUUCAAAACCAACCGUCCAGCCGGGCCGGUAAGUCUGAAUAUUUACCGGCCCCACCAAGAAUCUACCGGCCCCGCUGGUCAGCAGCCAAAACGAGUCAAAAUAACAACUGAACUGUUUUAAAUGUAAUAAACCUUUAUUUUGUACACAUUCACAAACAUAAUAACGGAUUCAAGUUUGAAUUUGUUUGUUCCCUCAAUAAAACACGAUUUUGUCGUCGCAUACUUCCGGCAUACAACGCAGUACAUCACCAACUCCGCUUUGCUGUACUCGAGCCAUUGGCCGCGUUCGAGAUGAGCCAGUUCUGCGCAGAUUAGACCAGCGGUGAUCGGCGAGCAGUGCAUGCCGGUUAGAUUUGUGUCCGACUUGAUGCCGACUUGCUCUGACGUCAUGCAUACGUAGGCAACGAUAACCUCGUGAGAUCAAGGCGGCCGCAGAUUUUUGAGCAAGGCGCUGCAGUUGCUCUCCCUCAGCUGCAAAACCUAGAGGAUGAUGGGAAACGCCUGGCUCUCACCUGAUCUAAGAUCUGAUUGGUUCAUAUUUUGAUCCAAACAUCCGGUGGUAGAACAUGAAAUGUUAGUUGGUCACAUGUAUUCUGUAAAUCAUGUUACGUUGAUGACAACUAUAUAGGCCAUGAAGAGAAAUGUGUUUUGUUUUCUUUUGUCACGUUUCCUAUGAGCACCACUGAAGCUACAGCUGAUAACCUUUACUUAUUAUUACAGUCAUGUCUCCAUAUAGAAUAUAUGAUAUCCACAAGCACGUGAGGAUGUGUUUUAGCUGCUAACAGGCACCAGAAUUAAAAUUGAACAAGUGUGAAUGCUAACGCGAUAUCUUCAUCCAUCAUGCAGGGAAAUCCAAGAGAUUUAACUGGCAGAAACAACUGGUUCACACCAUUCUCUCUCUCUCUCUCUCUCUCUCUCUCUCUCUCUCUCUCUCUCUCUCUCUCUCUCUCUCUCUCUCUCUCUCUCUCUCUCUCACACACACACACACGUAGAGGAAAAGAGCUGAGGAAAUGGAGGACACCAACUAAUUAAAAGAAAAACUACAGCUGAGCCGAGGCGCGCCUCGACUGGGGCGCGUCUGAACUGAGGAGCGGCGAGCAGCGGCCGGACUUCGUGAGCGAUUCGCUUCGGGCGCUUCCGCGGCCGGUGUGUCCCCGGCGAAACGCAGGCUUUCAGCCCCUCCCCCUGCUGCUUCCGUCUGCUCUCGUCUGUUUUCCAGGCGAGGCGCUGCUCAACUCGAACACGGCCAUUCUCCGCGCCUCCCGUCUUCUUUAAACCGCCAAGAAUCAUUCCACCUACGCACACGCUUCUCUGCUUCAUACCGUUUCGAACUGUCUCGCUUCUCACCAGUUUUAAAGCAUUUUGCCGGAGAUUUCAUCAAGAAAUCCCAUCCCUGUGGUGGCGCGAUCUUCCUGCGUGCUUGUGUGUUUCUAGCGUGGUUCCACUUCGUCUUUAAUAGUGAACUUAUAGUUCACGUGACAAUAACUAGAAUCGUGCAGUACGUGCACGAAUCGUACAAGUGCAGUACGUGGCUAGAGGCGCGCAGGUUCACGCGAGCGAAACGAAAACGGCAGCUUUCUACAGGGCGGGGCCAUGAUGUAGGUGAAAGCCGGUGUGUAAAUGAUAAAUAAAGCUUGGGCGCCACCCGGGCGGUAAGUCGUCAAGUAUUUACCGCCCGACGAGAAAAUUUAGCGCCAUUGGCGCUCGGGCGCUUUAAAGGUCCACCCCUGUUUAGGCCUCAAAAAGGUACAAUUAUAAAAAUACCCAACAAUAUGUUAAAUAAAAUACAAGCUAAAUGUGAUGAAAACACAAAAGUCUAAAUAGUUUGAAUUGAAGUAAAAAAUGUAAAAUCAGAAAUAAGACUUGUUCCUGCUCUCCUGAUGUACUGAAUAAUUUUUAUGGGGUUUUUUUUUUGGUCAUGAAAGUUAAGUUUUGCUGCGUUUAUUGCUGACAAUAUGAAUGUUGGAGGUUUCUCCUUUUUUCUGCAUCUUGUAGGUUUUUUUUCUCCGCACGUCUCUAAAUAAAGUAAAAUUUUCUAGUGGAGAGUGGAGACAACCCAUAGAAGCACUGAUUUGAUCUCAUUUCAGAGAAAAAUAGAACAGGUUAGAUGCACCUAAUAAAUAAAAUUAUAACACUCAGGAAUCUGUUUCUUUGCUUCACUGUUCUGGUGCUGAGAAUAUCACUAAUGCGGAUCAAAGGAGAUACACAGAUGAAUGCACCUCUUAUUUAUUAUUUGGAGACUACAUUUACUGCGGCUGGCAGAGGCAGAGAUUUUUUCUAUUGAUACACGGAAUUUACAGCAUCAUUUUAAAUGUUAAUAGGGGAAGACUGCAGGAGGGAGCGGUAAAAUACAGGGGGUCCCCAGCAAAAACAAGAAACUUUACGAGUCUGAUGAAACCCGCUGGCUUUCCAUUAGGCAGUCACGGGGCAGCUCCAACGACCCAGUGGCUGUGCUGGGUCAAUGUUAUCGAGCUCAGUCCGGCUCGGCCGUGAACGAGCUGUGGCGACAUCGUGAUCUGCUUGAAGAGGUGUUAUUUUCCCGCUUCAGAAGAAGCAUUCAACGUGUUUUUACACUUUCUCCGAGAUAUGUCACGUCGCUAAGUUGUUAGCGCUGUGCGCUAACAUGUCAAUAGUGCAGCGCAGCCUGCUGGAGGUCUUAAGGGUUCAGAUGAAAACACCCGACCUCUCAGGCUGCUCACACAUCGAUCUUAAGUUGUCGCUGUUGCGCUCACGCCGUAAUACAGUAUUAGAUGCGGUGAAAGUCAAACAUGAAAAAAUAAAAUAAAUUUUACAUGAAUAAGUGAUGCUUAUCCUGGUGGGGAGAGGAAACCCUGUCAAGAUCGUCAACGCUCAUUUAUCUUAAUGCUAUUGAAACAUGUAAACCAAAAAGCAUUAUAUCCACUGCUACCUUUAUGCUGUAACUUCACCCUGCCCUGCCUGCUCCUCCUUGCUGCCUGCCGGCUGUGAUCACAAGCGACACUAUAGUUCCCGCUGCUUCCUCGUGAAACGCCUAUGUAAGGGAAACCCCGGUGUAGUUACUGUGUAAAGCAGUAUAUACUAGGAAUGAUUAAUAAAGAUAAAAACUAGAAUUGAACCUGAGUUACAUAGUAAUAACAAUUUAAGAAUUCAGAAACAAUAAUAUACUAACUUACUAAGAAAUUACCAUGUAAGUACUAAGUAAAUAGAGGACUGUAAAAGAAAGCGCUACCAAUAAUUGUACUUAAUAUGCUUUUAUUUUUGUGUGCUAUGUUCUGUGUCAAUAUUCUUUGAUUUUAUUUUACACAACAUGAUGUGACAUUUUAACUAUUUCAUUUCACUUGUGAUUGUUUUAACUAUGUGAAGCACAUUGGGCUACCGUUUUGUGUAUGAAAUGGGCUAUAUAAUAAACUUGACUUGAGAGAGA